AUGAGGUUAACAGAUCUUCCUCACAACGUCCUUGACACCAUCUUGGAUAGCUGCGAUCAUAACUCGCGGCUCACCUUAGCCCACAUGACUCCUUACUUCCGUUACCGGGUGUGUGACUCCCUUUACAAGAAUAUUAUGGUGGUAGAGUCGGACCGGGAUUGGCACUGUGGGAAGCACCCUUAUUCUCAAGAAUGGACUUUAUUGCCUGCUGAAAAGUUGCAACAGUUCGCUAACUGUCUUAAUCCAACUACUUUCCGUUUUGUACGCAAGUUCGUGGUGAACACACACGGAAACGACAAUGACAGCAGCUUGCUUUAUUUAUACGAUAGAAUGGCAAACUUUUGGAAUCAAAACCCACACACAUUAUGCAUGAACAACCACGAUGUCUUGAGCUUGCGUUGUGUUCGUUCCCUCACAAACUUUUUGGCACUGAACUCUGUUCAGUUUAUAGACGUGGAGGAUGAAGACAGAUGCGAGGUAACAAGGAAGGAUCAUAAGGUUCUCAACCUUCUGAAUUGGUUUGUGUUCAACACAAGCGAGUUCCUUGCAUUACCAACAAACUCACGGUUGGAACAGCUCAACAUGUAUGUUGAGAGUAACGCCUAUCUUCAAAACAGCGAAAACGUUCAGAGCAUUUUUUAUGGAUCCUAUGAGGCCCCCGCUCAGAACUUACGCAAUUUGAGUAGACUUUAUUUGCAUUCGCCUUUGGCAUUUCUUCGUUUUACUGAGAUGGCUGAUCAUCUCGGUGUGAAUGACUUGAAGUUGAAGGUUCUUUCAAUAUCCACAUCGCAUCGUGCUCGCAAUAAUGCUAUGACAGAUUUUCACAAGAUGCGCCAUUAUGUUGAUCUUAACAACCUUGAAGAACUUGAAUUGAAAAUGAACUGCACUCGUCUGCAUGAGUGUUCUAAUAGUUGUAUUCUCAAUUUUUUCGAGAAUUGGAAGCAAUACAAUCAACUCCACGGGCUUACCACCAGUUUGAGGAAGUUAGCGAUCGUGCAUUACAAGUCAUUAGCUGACACUACGCAGUUUAAGCAUGUUGUCGAGAAUUACGUUUUUAGCGAACUUUUUGGCUCCUUGGAAGAGGUGUAUUUGAACUUGUCAGAUUCUGUCAAAUCUACCAGUGAUCAGUACAGUAUCGACUUGAAGAAAGUUUGCUUGCAACUUCGUCAUGUUCCCAACUUAGCGCAUAUCCACAUAUCAAGUUUCAUGAACGAAUGGGUCAGUCAGUUACCACAGUUACUUGACAAGCGUACUAUUCCAUGUCAAGACGUCUUAAUUAACCAAUGUAAUUGCGACAGCUGCAAUAACACGCGUUCAUACUUUGUGGAACUCGCCCGUUUGGACAAGUCAAAUAAUUAUAGUCACAAGGGUAAGCCAUCAGAUGUACAGAUCACUCCCUGUCAAGUGACUACGAGUGUUGACUUCACGGAGAUUGCCAAUGUCAAGUUUUUGCAAUAUGUUGCAGGCCAAUUCAGAAGACAAGAACAUUGUAUGGAGAGAAACCUCCACUCUGUCGGGUCUAUGUUAAACAUGCAUGAAAUGCCUCUCGAAGAGAAUGAAGAGACGAAGAAGUUUCUGUCAUUGCUCAUUCAUUCAUGUCUUGCCGACUUCUCCAGUAUUAUGGCGCAGCAUGCUCCAAAGCUCCGCCUGGUUAAUCUCGGCGGCGUUUGCAUUGAGGCCUAA